AUGGCCAGCCUCACGCCGCGCGGCUUCCCCGCGCGCACCAAUAGCCGCCUGGACGCAUUCCUGCGGCGGCACCUGCCACCCGAGAUCUACGACGCCAUCCGCGCCUACGAGUCGUGCGUCGUAGUGUCCGACUCAGAGAACCACACUUUCAAGUAUGUGGUGCUCAGCGACCGGGUCAUCUACCUGACCGAGAACCCGCCCAAGUCCAUUCGGCGGGUCGUGGCACUGCAGGACGUCGUGGCCAUUGACCUGAUUGAUGAUUACCCAGAAUUUUUGAGUGGACCAGACAGAGAAACCAACCAGCACAUUCGUAUCGUCUAUUCUUCCAGUUCUUUGAAAAAAGAAUGUGAAAAAUCAAAAGGUGUGAGGAAAUUAUUACCAUUUCAGCAUGCCCAUUCUAAAAACAAAAAGGUCAAAGAAAAGAAUAAUGGUCCUGUUUUUUGGAGACUUAAAGAGCCUAGAAGUCUGAAUGAAUCAUCUCUCAGGUAUCACCAAGAGAGCAGCACAACGUCCAAGGACUCAAUUCUGUGUCCUUCUCACCUCAACAAGCUGCCCCUUCAAGGCCAAGGUGCCUUUCGGCCCUUACCUACCCCCUCCCGGAGGAGCCGUCAAUCCACACCAGAGGGCAAGGCAGUCACUGUGCCAUCUUGCACAACAAACACAAAAGAACCCCAGGGACUUGCCAGUCACAAAGACUCUUUAAGUGAAAGCCCUUUCAAGUGUAAUGGGAACGGAAAUGAGUUUUACUUAGGAAGUUCCUCCCAAGCCUCCCUUUUACAAAGCAACUCAAACCCUGAGAAAAAGGAGUCUGAACUUCAUUUGUACAUUGUUUCCACAACCUCAUCAAUAUUUCUGCACUUAAAAAGUUCAUGGAACAACUAUAUUAUAAAAGGUACUCUUUUACAAGAUCCUUUAUAUGCUAGUGAGCUCAGUUCUGCAAUUGGAAGUCAAAAGCCAUAUAGAUCAGAAGAGAAAAUUAAGCACUUCAGUCAACUUAAAUCUGAGCUUUUUCUUAAAGAUAACACUCUGAGGAAGAUACUUUGUUUAAUUACAGAACUUAAAGUAGCUGCUCAGAGAAACUUCAUUCUGAAAAGGCUUUUCUGGAAAACCAGUGACCUUUUCUAUUUCCUAGUGAACAAACUUCAUGAAUACUUGCCAGAAUCUAGGGAUAAGAACGCCCUUCAAAAUAAAAGCCAAAGGGCUGAUGAGCUGGUGGCAUGCAUUGAAAUCAUACAGACUCUGGGACUGAUGUUCAGAGAAACAGAAACUGAGUUAUCACGCUUGAAUACGUUAGCAGCUAAGAAGGGAAUACUAUUUAAUCUUUUGGUAAUUUUAAUUAGUGAACCUCAGAUUCCAAAAUCCUGUCCUGUAUUUGAUAUCCAGUUGGUGGCCGAUUCAACUUUAGUUGAGAUGUCGUUUGAUGCUGAGUUACAGAAGCUUAUCUUGGAAUAUACAGAUACAGCUACAGCACUUUUGUAUGAGAUACUUCUUGCCUUUCAGCAGGGAAAUCUUGGAUUGGGAUCAACAAAAUUUGCUAUUAGUUGGAUGAUGUCCUUUCUACAAAGUCGUCCUCCCAUAAUUACUUUUGUGGCCAAUAUUGUCAAACAAGUGGUGAAGGGGCUUUCAGCUUCCUUUCAGCUGCUAAGUCCAUGCCAAGCAGUUCUACUGUACCAGCAGUUUUACAUCCUCAAGAGCUGCCUGCAGUAUAGCAAGACUCUAGCUGAGUAUAUUAGGAAUGACUACAGAGAAGAAUUCAGGUACUUUAUUCACAUGCCAGCCUUGGAAAAAAGGCUUCCGUUGUGUUACCCUAUUACCCAACCUACUACUCAACUUAUCCAUGAAGUUCUUAACUUGGUUGAACAGAAACAAUGUGUAAAAUGUUAACAAGAAUAUAAAAUGUUAAUCAGGCAUCAAUAUUAUGAGAAACACUUAUUUUUAAAAUAACUGUUAAUAUCUGAGUAUCCCUGCAUCCUCUAAACAAAGAUUUUAUUUGAAUGUUCCACCAAUACUUCUCUAAGGGAAGU